AAUCAAUAUUAAAUUUUCCAGAUAAAACUCGUUCGAACUGGAAACUGAGUUUACAUUCAUAUACUGAACCUCAGUAGUCACAAUUUAAGUUUGUACUCAAGGGCAAAUAUUGGAGCGAAGUUUAAAAAGCAGCUGAGCGAUAAAAUCAUUCAUUUAUCCGAUAGUUGAGAAGAAAAUAGGCAAAGAAAACAACGUCGUAAUUUAAUUUUCUUUGUCGUCAUUGAAUCGAUAUCGUCUGCACUUUCGAUAGGCCUAUUAGACGAGUGAAUAUCAACGAUAACAGAUUGAAGAAAUGGCCAAGCACCUUGCUAGGGUGGCUAAAACGGCGAAUGGAGCUGGUUUGUCAAGAUGGAUCCGGAAUCUCAGUUCUGUAGCGUCACCAUCGGCCAAAACCAUGGACUCUACAUCUUCCAUUGACUUAGAAGGGGAAUACACAAUGCCCAAGAUGCUCACAGAAGUCCCAGGCCCCAGAUCUCGACAACUUUUCCUCGAGCUAUCCGAUAUUCAGAAUUGUGGAUCUGUUAACUUCUUUGGUGACUAUAAACUUAGUAAGGGGAACUACAUCGUGGAUGUUGACGGGAAUAUCAUUCUGGAUUUCUUUAUGCAGAUAGCUUCAAUAUCACUAGGAUAUAACCAUCCUGCACUCCUUGAAGUUCUGAGAAACAAAGAGAAUGCGGAAGUAUUUGUUAACCGUCCUGCCCUUGGAAUGUUUCCACCAGGGGAUUACCCACAGCGGCUUAGACAAGCUUUACUAUCAAUUGCCCCCCAAGAGAUGACACAGGUGUACACAAUGGGAUGCGGUAGCUGUGGCAACGAGUUUGCAUUCAAAUUGAUCUGGGCCUGGUAUAUGUCAGUAAAAAGACAUGGAAAUCCACCCACUGUACAGGAGUUAGAAUCUUGCAUUAACAACCAGGCACCUGGAAGUCCACCUCUCUCUGUUCUCUCCUUCAAAGGCUCCAUGCAUGGACGUACAAUGGCUGCCAUGAAUUGCACUCAUUCCCGAUGGCAGGUCAAGUUGGACAACCCAGGUCUUGACUGGCCCAUAGCUAAGUGGCCAGAACUGAAGUAUCCAUUAGAGGAGUUUGUGGCAGAAAAUCAAGCUGAAGAGGAAGCCUGUCUUGCAACAGUUGAAGAGUUGAUCGCUGACCACACAAAGUCUGGGCGUAAUGUCGCAGCUAUCUUAGUAGAACCAGUCCAAGCAGAGGGAGGAGACCAUCAUGCCUCUCCAGCAUUCUUCAGAGGGCUACAGCAAAUAACAGAAAAGUAUGGAAUGGCAUUUAUGGUGGAUGAAGUACAGACUGGACUAGGGGCCACUGGGAAACUAUGGUGUCACGAACACUGGGACUUACCAACCCCUCCUGAUGUGGUCUCAUUUGGCAAGAAAAUGGGACUUGGAGGUUUCUUCUACAAAGAUAAACUGAGAAUCAAAGAGGCGGGCCGAAUCUUCAACACAUGGGUAGGAGACCCUGCUAAGGUAUUGCUCCUAGAGACAGUUGUUAAAGUCAUCCAAGAACAGAAUCUUAUUGAACACUGCAGAAAUACUGGGGAAGUCCUUCAGGAAGGAAUCAAAGAUCUCGAGAAACGAUUCCCAGGGCAGAUAUGCAAUGCAAGAGGUCUCGCAACAUUCGCAGCAGCUGAUAUGAAAGACACAGAAACCAGAGAUGGAACAAUUAGGGAGCUUAGAAACAGAGGUAUUCAAAUUGGACAUUGUGGCCCCACUAGCCUCCGUUUCAGGCCCAGUCUGAUUGCACAGCCAAAACAUAUCCACAUCUUCCUUGAUGGAUUAGAGAGACUACUCACAGAGCAGCGACAAUAGACUCUUUGACAUCUCUAUCUAAAGAUCUAGACUAAGAGACCAACUGACCAGUAACAAUAUAACAUAUACUGCAUUCUCUCAUAAUAAGGCCCUGGGCUCUUAAAUGAAAGUGAAGCCUAAAUUAUUUAAGCCAACAUUUAAUGAGUCCAGAUUUUGACAAAAUGUCUUGUAGAAAAUACUUGACAUAAAAAUUAAUAAUUUUCCUCAAAAUAAAACCCUGUGGUACUCUCAAUAAGAGACCCAUGGGCCAUAUAAUGAAUUGGUCUUAUUAAUAGGGAAUAUAGUAUGAUGUAAUAAUCAACUGGUCCAUAUCAAAAAUAUUCACACAAGGACAGUGCUUGCUCUUACCCAGAACCUUGUCUGUAUCAGACACAGAACUAAGGUGUAUAUAGAUAAAAGUGACUGAAACGUCACACGUAGAACCUCCACCAUUGGAUAUUGAAACACUGGGAAUUUUGGAACAAAAUAAAUGGUAGUCCUUUCCGAUUAAUCUCGUCUUAUUUUGGCACACUAAAAAAGCUGUUAUUAGGUGCCAAUGGUUGCGGGUGACAUUGAUGAUAUAUAGUACAACGGACAGGUUCGUUCACCCCCUCCUUUCUGUUCUAUAGGAGCAAAAAUAUCAGAAUUGAGACCUGAUAUUUUGCAGAUGCUAACACAAAACAAUUUCUGACAUGAAUUUUUAUUUAUUCAGAAUCAGUAGGUGGUAUUAUUAACAUAAAAAUUAACAGUAUCACUUGGAUUCAGUUCCAAUGUUGUGUCACAAUUAUUUAGGGUUAACAAAUGAGAAGACUUUAGCCAUGAUGCUUUAUGUUCAGAUGGAAAUAUUGGUCAUUGCCAAAGGGCAUAUUUGGUCUUUGGUCACAGCUCAGUUUUAAAAACUGAAAAUUACUUUGAACUAACAGAAAUGAUCAUAGAUCAUAGAAAUGAUGAUAGAAAGUACUGAGUAUAUAAUGUAACCUCUUUUGUGUCAUAUUGAUGUGCCAUCUGAAAUGACUACCUGGGAGCACAA